UAGAGAGAAACUGAUUUAAUUUUAACAUGACAUUGCAGAUAAUAUGAUGAGACAGAAACACACAAUGUGGUUCUUCACAAUGUGGUUGUGGUUGUGGUCUCUUGAAGCAACCAAAAACACCAGGUCAGCAACAUGUCACUAUCUAACAUCCUGUAGAGCUCAGAGAACGCUGCUACAUGCCACGCUUCAGCUGCCAUGUUCUUUGUGAUGUGUUUUUUGUCACUGAGUUGACUAUGUCUAUUGCAUAAUAAAAUUAAAGACUGUUGUUGAAUGAAAGACAAACAAUAUCAAUAUUGUUUUUUCAUGUUGCUUUGACAGGGCCCAAAUACUGAUCGAGAUGACUGCUCCCCCUUUCUAUCACAUCAAUACAUCAGACGCCACUGGAAGGAACGUCUCUUUGAAUGAGGACAAGCGUGUUGAGCUGAUAAAGGGUCUAGAAAUCAUGUCUCUCAUCGUUUACUGCCUGGCCUUUGUUCUUGGUGUGCUCGGCAACGGUGUGGUUAUCUGGGUGACCGGCUUCAAGAUGAAGAAAACAGUGAACACGGUUUGGUUCCUCAACCUCGCUGUGGCUGACUUCCUCUUCACAGCGUUUCUGCCCCUGAGUGUCCCCUACACAGCUUUGGAUUUUCACUGGCCUUUUGGCAAAUUUAUGUGCAAACUGAACACCGCGAUAAGCUUUCUGAACCUGUAUGCCAGUGUCUACAUUCUGGUGGUGAUCAGUGUGGACAGAUGUGUGUCUGUGGUGUGGCCCGUCUGGGCCCAGAACCACCGAAGUAUACGCAAGGCAUCCUUCGUGAGUCUGGGGGUUUGGGUACUGGCUCUGAUACUCAGCACUCCAUACUUCAUCUUCAGGGACACUGGGCCAUCUUAUAACGAUGCAAAUGUCAUCAUCUGCUUCAACAACUAUACUCUUUCUGACGACAACGAGAACGAGUCUGUGUAUCAGCUGGGACUGUUUUGGCAAAAGGCCAUGGGCAUCACCUGCUUCCUCCUGGGAUUUGUUGUCCCCUUCACUGUCAUUGUCUCCUGUUAUGCUGUCAUAAUCCAUCACAUCAGAAGAAACCGCACCCUGGCCAGCCACUCAAGUCGCUCCUUUAAGAUCAUUGCUGCUGUUAUCACUGCUUUCUUCCUGUGUUGGGCUCCCUUUCACAUUGUGGCUUUAAUAGAGUUGGCAAAUUCUCUACUUUCUAUUCAAAGUGAUACAUUAGACCAUGUCACCACUAUUGGAAUCCCUAUAGCAACCAGCCUGGCCUUUAUCAACAGUUGCCUGAACCCACUGCUCUAUGUGUUCAUGGGACAAGAUUUUAAGGAUAAAGUCCGCAAAUCCAUCCUAAAUGUUUUGGAGACUGCCUUCAAGGAAGAGGUUUCUGGCCCUAACACUGGAACAAAGUCAGAGAUGUCGCCCCGUAAUACUGAAGUAAAAGGUUUUCCAUGACGUGAAGGAAAUAAUUCUGAAACUGUAAUUAAAAAAAUUGAUUUAUCAAUGUACUUUUUUUGUUAAUUUCAUGGAACCCUCAAGACAAGAGGUAAAGCAUUGUAAACCAGGCUAUUUAACCUUGUACGCCAUCAAACCAUUAUCCCAAUGCUAAGACUGAUAAAGUCAUGUUACAGUCAUGUAACCACUGACAAUUUACAUACGUUAGAAACAAUUAACCAUUAACUAUUAAUAGUGCAAACACAUUGUUUCACAAUUAAAUGCACCCAAGUCAAGUAGAGUAACAAUAAAACCAUCCUGAGUCCCACCCUGCUUUCAUAUAUGAGAUAUCAAAUUCCAACCUAUC